AUGGCCCAGAGCAUCAAGUCGCGCAUCGCAGCGCUCAACUUGGAAGAAGUUCACGCGCCAGCACCAGACGCGAAGCCCACGUACAGCUACGAAACCAUCGGUGCGAAGAAGAAGCCUCCUCCACCCCCACCAAGCUCGCGUCCGCCCACCUACCAUCGACAGCAGACAGUCAACAACCCCCCCAUUUUGAGCAAUGCGCCAACCACGGCGCGACAGCUGGGCAACCAGCCGAUUGAAGCGAACGACAGUCCUAAGCUCUCGCCAGCGCUUCCUCCCCGUCCACCUCCACGAACGAGCAGCACACCUCGACAUGCGCCAGCCCUGCCCCCGCGCAAGUCUUCGGAGAACAGCGUGAGGAGGCGCGAGUCUUCUGAGUCCAUUAGCACAAUCGCGUCAGGCAUCUCUACGCUUUCGCUCGGGUCUGUGAAGACGAAUGGUACAGGACACAGCAAUGGGAAUGGCACGCUAUACCAAGUGCGUGCCCCGGCUUACGACCCUUCGAAGCUGCCUCCACUGCCACCAAAGAGAGCACCAGAGGAUCCAAAGCAGAGCAAAGCGACGUUGGAUGCAAUGAGAAGUAAGAGGGAUUAUGUGCCCAGUCAGGCGCUCCCGCCACAGCUAAAGACGCCAGAGCUUCCUAUGAGACCCUCAUUACCGCCACGGCAAUCAAACCUACGGGGCAGAUCACCUGGCCCUGCGGUUCCUGCAAGACCAAACACAAACACUUCGUCCACGUCGAACAACCAAACAAACAGAGUCAUCUCACCCCCGCCCCGACGAUCAGCUCUCGAAAUGGGCUUCAACAAUAAAGCACCUGCUCCUCCUCCUAUUCCUUCACAUCGACCGUCAUCGGCUGCCACAGACACAACCCCAAAUCCUGCCGGACCACCCAUCCCACUAGCUUCGCGGCCUAAUCUUGAUGCAAUCAUGGCAUCGAAACCAAAACCAGGAACAGUCGGGGUUUGCCUUCAAUGCCGAGAUUUCUCAGCUCCUGAUGGUCAUGCUGCCCGAUUUCCUCGCACUCAACUCCCGUCCUCAGAUGUUGGAUGGUUGGCUCAUCAGCUCUGCUCUCCAUUCACGUCACCUACGGACAAGGCGCGAGCAAUCUUCACUUGGCUACAUCACAACGUCGAUUAUGACACCCAUUCCUUCUUCAACGGAACUAUUCAACCAAGCACACCUGAGAAAACCAUAACGUCUGGGCUAGCAGUAUGCGAAGGCUAUGCGGGAUUGUUCGCGGCUCUGGCACUCAAGGCAGGUCUUCAAGCCCUCGUGUGCUCAGGAGACGGCAAGGGUUUCGGCCACAAGCCACUGGAGCCCGGCGAAGCGGUGCCAGCGUUUGAGUCAAACCAUGCGUGGAACGCCGUCAAGAUUGACAACGGAGAGUGGAAGCUUGUCGAUCCCUGUUGGGGCGCCGGGCACAUCGGUUGCCCCAACCGAAACGAGGGAUACGUAAGAAAGUUCAACCCUGCCAUGUUCACAAUGGACAACAGUGAGUUUGGGAUGAAACAUUUUCCGAGUGACAACUCACACCAGUUUCGCACUGACGGGCGAGUCAUCUCCUACGAAGAGUUUAAGAAGGACGAUAUGGGUGGCCGGGUACAAGUCAUGUCGGACUGCGAGCCUGAGCAUGGCGUUGGAGAGCGAACCAUCCAGCCUUCUCAACUCCAACUCAAAGUCAACGAUCCGCAUGACGUACCAACCGUCCGGUUUCAGUUCGCUGCAAUCUGCCCACACUGGGACAACGCACGCCAUGGCAAGGGUGCGCCAUACGUUAUGCUCCUUAGUAUCGCGGGUAGAGAUGGGCGUAAGCCGGAACACCGGCCAUUUCACACUGAUAACCGUGUCUGGUGGCUUGACGUCCCUCGGACUGAGCUUGGUGCGCCGGGGCAGAAGAUCAGCGUCAAUGCAGUCACGGAAUUCAAUAAAAAGAACGCGAGGGGUCUAAGCUAUGAGACGUGGAACAACAAGACUUCAUAUUCGUGUAGUUUUGGUACCUUGUGCAUGUGGGAGCUGAAUAUAGCCCACGGCUCUGCCGAGUCUCUCUCCGCAAAUAUGGCUUCUGGAUUCGUCGGUCUUUCGGUUGCUGUGACGCUGCAAAACCCGCCAAAUACAAUCGUGUAUGGAGUAGUCGCAGCCGUCAACCCGCAGACUGCUACCCUGACGCUAGAGAACGUUUUCUUUCCAGCGACCGGCCACCGUCUGACUUCUUACCAUGUGGAAGGGCACGCGAUCGCUGAUAUCAAAGUCAACGCAUCUGCCCCCGCCGCUCCGCACCCUCUCCCACCGCGCUCCAAUCCUCCGCCGUACUCGCAGUAUCCUCCUAUCCAUGUUCAGAGAGCCCCAACGAACGUCGGUCAGCAAAUUCCACACCUUGUCAGCCAAUCGUCGCUGCAACAUGCGAGCCAACCGGUCCGUCAGGCGUCCCUCCAACACACAAGCCAACCUAGCCGUCAAUCCGCACCGCAGCAGGCUCAAGCAUCUCCCUUCGUGGACCCUGCUAUCCUGAGCCUGGGCAAGCGGGCCUCUGCUGCUACUUCGUCGAACCAACCCGUAACCGCGCCACCUCAAGAAGCUCCAGCUACACCUAUCAAACCUAUCUCUGCUGCAACUGCUGCGCCCCUGCCGAAGAAUACUUCCCCGUUCGUUGGCUAUGCCAAGGGUGUUCGAAAGCCGAGUGCGGCGACGUUGGAGGGGCCGUUUUCGUCGUUGGACAUUGCGGAUGCCGAAGAAGCAGACAGUGAGACAAAGACAGCCCAACCCCCAAUGCGGAGGGCGAGCAUCAAUAAGACACGGACGGGCAAGCCUAUGGAUGACCCGAGCCCGCAGAAGGUUGAGGAUGGUGGCAAGAAGACCCGGAGAGGAGGUAAGUCGCGGAAGAAGGAACUUGCAGCCCAAGAGAGGAAGACCGGUGAAAACCUGCACUCCGGCCCGGAUGUUGUCAGGAAAGGCAAAGGCAGCGGUUGGAGAAACACCCCUAUGCUUCAAGAUGCCGGGCAAACACAGGCACGGACACCAGGAGUUAUUGGAGGUAGAGUUGGUCUUGAAGCAGCGCAUGCUUCAGUCCGCAAAACCCGACGGCAAAAGGCACUCGAAACCACCAACGGCUGGGCUACGGAAGACGCGACAGACAUCCAAGAACUGCCCGAAUUCGACUUCCAAGAAAAUCUCUCCAAAUUCGACAAGCGCACUGUGUUCAAUCAGAUCAGAAACGAAGACACGACCGCGGACGAGGAUCGCCUGGUCAGCUUCAACCGGCUAGUGAGACCUGGAACACAUGGUGGCAAGAAUUUACACCCUACCGAGAAUGUGCUGGAUCGGAAGAAGAGCACAACCAACACCAGCUCUGAGGAGGACUCCGACUUUGGUAGUGGGCGCAACUCCAAACGGGCAAUGUCAAGAGCUUCUGUCAAGAGAGCACCGACACGACAAGGCAGUGGCGUUCAGGCAGAGCUGGACCUCAUGGGAUCAGGUCUGUUACCACGCGGCAGUCGUUCAUUCAUCAGCCGACCGUAUGCUUCUUCGCAUGCCACUGGGAGUCCGAAGCCAGGGCGCAUUACAACGCCUCCAGAUUCGCCUCUUGAGAGUGGCGCGCGAGGAUGUCUGCGUCUAAUCUCCAACAACCAAAAAUGUUACACAAUCACCUCUGGCGGCAUGCUCGCGGUCGAAGAAAUAGCCAAAGUCGAAUUCGGUCUUACGGAAGACUUGAUUGCGGAAAACUCGGGACGGGGUAUCGCAGAGGUCGCACUGACAGCCAUUAAUCCUGGCGGUCGACGCUUAGCACGCGACAACCCGAAUGCAGAUCCCGUCAUUGUUGUUCUAGCAGGCAACCACCGAGGUGGAGCUCGAGCCGUGGCAGCAGCCCGUCAUCUCCAGCAACGCGGGCCAAAAGUCAUGGUGGCGCUACUCGGUUUUGAGCGCAAUGCGGACUGGGAUAAAGACGUGCGGCGACAAGUCGAUCUCUUCCGCAAACUGGGCGGCUCGGUCCGCGCUUGGAAAGACACAGAAGAGGCUCUCAAGCGGCUCCAGGCGCCACCUGAACUCAUCAUCGACGCCCUCCUCGGCCGUCAUAAAGAGUUUGAAGCCCUCGGCGAGGAAGACCGACGGACUGUUCUCGGCAUCGUCGGCUGGGCAAACAAAUCCCGUGCCGCGUGCCUUGCAGUUGAAACACCAUCGGGUGUGGGCGGGUCAACAGGUGAGGUGGCCAUUUUAGAAGGCGAGCCACUCGAGGUCAGAGCAAAGUACAUUGUAUGUCUCGGCGCUCCGAGGACAGGCCUACUAAAAGCACUCCAAAAUGGCGCGGGACGCGACCCGGUGUGGUUGAUUUGGGUGGUCGACGUUGGAGUCAACAAGCCAUGGCGGAACGCUGGUAUCAGUGGCGGGAAAGGCAUCAAAUUUGGAGAGCACUGGGUUGUGCAAGCUCGCUUCUCGGAAAACGAGGAAGCUGUAUGA